CAUGGGGCCCCCCGGGCAAUAGGGGAUCAUGGGGCCCCUGUGUCCUUGCCCAAACUCAAAAAAGCCUAUGAAAAAGGUACCAGGGGCAUCUCAUGGGGCCCCCUACUGACCCCGGGCCCUCGGCCAGUGCCCGAGUUUCCAAAUGGUCAGUCUGCCCCUGCCUUGCACAUAAUCAAGUACAAGGAGGGACAGGGGUCCUGUAGCCUCAUAGUGGAGAAUGAAAACUCCUCCUACAAGCUUUAACCAGUGUUCUGCCGGACACUGAUAGAAGUCACAAGGCUGCUUCAACUGCUGAUGAGAA